AUGCCAAACGCAUAUGACGAUGAGGGGAUCGACCCAUUGGACCUCGACACCCCGAGCAAGGAAGCCUAUGAAGCAGAGGAGGAGAUCCCGCUGGUGGAUCACGACGACGACUUCAAUACCGUUGUUCCUCGGACACAUGUUCGAGCGCGGCAGUUGCCUGUGUGGUUACGAUAUCCCAGAAAUGUCUUCCACGCCUUGAUACCAAGCUUCCUCAAGGCCUCGGAUCCGAACGCUGUCCAGAAACCACUUCAUCCCACAGCAUGGCUCGACGGUCUCCGCGGCGUAGCCGCCUUCUUCGUCGUCUGCCACCACUGGUCCCUCGUCACAGCCAACAUGAACAUCCACCGCGGCUUCAUGAGCGACGACAACCCCAUGUUCAUCCAGCUGCCCAUCAUCCGCCUCGUCAUCUCCGGGUUCUGGUCCGUCUGCGUCUUCUUCGUCAUCUCCGGCUUUGCGCUGAGCUACAAGCCCCUGAAGCUCCUCGGCCAGCACAAGACGGCCGAGUUCGCCACCGCGGCCGCAUCGUCGGCUUUUAGGCGGCACAUUCGCCUGUUCCUCCCGCCCGCGGUGACGACGUUUGUGAUUGCGUGGAUUUCGUAUUUCGGCUGGUUCGAGAUCCCGACGUCGGGCGUGGCCGUGCCGGCGCUGCGGCCACCAAAGUUCGAUCGCAUCUAUGAUCAGCUCUGGGACUGGGCGAUGAACCUCAUCGGGCUGUCGGAUCCGUUCGGGAGGAACUUGCAGAGGGGCGAGGGAUAUCCGUACGAGCCUACGCUCUGGACGAUACCGAUCGAGUUUGACUGCUCCCUGGUCAUCUUCCUCGCGCACGUCGCCUUUUCGAGGUUGCGAACGCGGGUCAGGCUCCUCAUGAACGUCUUCCUCGUGGCGUACACCCUCUACUUCAACUACUGGCAGUACUUCCUCUUCCUCGCCGGGCUCCUCCUCGCGAACCUGCACUUCUACUGGCUGCCCGCCCUGGGGGACACCCUACCGUACACGGCAGCAGCAGUCCCUGGACCACAGGGCCGCUUCGCCAGGUUAAGCUUCUCCCUCACAUCAUCUCCAACCUACAGCCUAUCCAAAAAGCUCCUCGGCACCCUCUCCUUCCUUGGCGCGCUCUGGCUCCUCUCGUACCCAAAGGGCACCGGUACGGCGGGCCUCUCGCCGGGGUACAAGACGCUCGUUGACAUCACGCCGGAGCGCUACGGCGAGGGCGAGUACCUCUGGAUUCCGCUCGCGUCCGCUUGGCUCGUCUUCUCUGUCGACCGGGCCCCGUUCCUGCAGCCGCUCUUCACGAACCGGGUGAUUCAGUAUCUGGGCCGCAUCUCGUACGCGCUGUACCUCGUCCACGGCUCGCUGCUGUGGCUGUACGGGUGGCACCUCGUGCGGUUCUUCACGGGGUUGUCGGGGGCGGAGACGAGCGGGCAGUUUACGUUUGGGGUGCUGUUGGCGACGUGUUUCUUCGUGCCUGGCGUGGUGUGCGUGGCGGACUUUACGCAGAGGUAUUUGGAUGCCAACGCGGUCAAGUUUGCGGCUUGGUUUGAGGGGAAGUUGAUUGAUAAGGGGAGAUAG